CCCCCUGGACCGGCGUUCUCCUUGGUAUGCUCCAAGAUGGCGGCCUCCAUGGUGCGGCGCGGGAUCCUGCUGGCGGGGAAAGUGCCUCUGCCUUGCCUGUCCCUGGCAGGCAAAAGAUGCCUGCUCUCUGCAGCGUAUGUAGACAGCCACAAAUGGGAAGCAAGAGGAAAAGAAGACUGUCACCUCGCUGAUCUAGCAUCUUUAAUGGAUAAGACAUAUGACAGAAAGUUGCCUGUUAGUUCUUUAACAAUAGCACGGUUUGUGGACAACAUUUCAUCUCGAGAAGAGAUAGAUCAUGCAGAGUAUUACCUGUACAAAUUCCGACACAGCCCCAACUGCUGGUACCUGAGAGACUGGACCAUCCACACCUGGAUCAGGCAGUGCCUAAAAUAUGGUGCACAAGACAAAGCCCUGUACACCCUUGUGAACAAAGUACAAUAUGGAAUUUUUCCUGAUAACUUUACAUUCAAUUUACUGAUGGAUUAUUUCAUAAAGAAAGACAAUUACAAAGAUGCUUUAGCUGUGGUUUUUGAGGUCAUGAUGCAGGAAGCCUUUGAAGUGCCUUCCACCCAACUGCUCUCCCUCCACGUUCUACACCAUUGCCUGGCGAAGAAGGCAGACUUCACUUGGGAAGAGCAGAGGAACUUCGGGGCUUCCCUGCUGCUCCCAGGCCUGAAGCAGAAGAACUCAGUGGGGCUGAGUUCUCAGUUGUAUGGCUGUGCACUUCUCGGGAAGCUGGAGCUGCAGCGAGGGCUGCGGGCCGUGUACCACGACAUGCCGCUGCUGUGGCGACCAGGCUACCUCGACAGAGCCCUUCAGGUGAUGGAGAAGGCGGCCUCCUCCCCGGGAGACGGGAAGCUGUGUGGAGAAGCGCUCGACGUGCUGGACAGAGUCCUGAGGGCUCUGACUGCCCCGGCCCCUGAGGCUUCGGAGGAGCAGUCCCACGAAGGGGAGGACCGCCGGGGCCCGGAGGAGCUGAUGGAGCAGUUGGACACGGAGGAAACCGAACAGUCCAAGCUUCCCCAGUACCUGGAACGAUUUCAGGCCUUACAUUCCCAACUUCAGGCGCUGGGCAAAGUCGAGUCAGGAAGCCUUCUGGCUCUGACCACCCAGCUCAUCAAAGAGCAGCUGCCUGCCUGUGAGGCCGAGGACAUCGCCGCCUAUGAGCAGAAGCUGCAGCAGUGGCAUCAGGAGCGGCUGUACCUGAUCCAGAGGGAGCGGGAGCAGAGGGAGAGGGCGAAGCAGGAGCACCAGGCUCGGAGAGCAGCGAAGGCGUCGGCCUGACAGGGCCCCGGCCCCAGCCCGCCACAGGGACUUCACUAGCCCCCAUCAGGGGACUCAUGGUCACCACGAUGGCAGCUUCCACCCCUCCAUCCAACUUCUCCUUUCCUUACAGCAGGCUACUCGUGCUGUGAAAGCUGUCAUGUCCUGUAUAUGCAGCCCUGUGACUGCCCAUCGUGUAGUUCCAAGGGCGGUGGGACGAUGAAAGUGGCAAGUGCUCAGAGUGAAGCCACCAGCUGAAUGCCUUAAAAUGAGUUCUUGAGGCUCACAGCAGAGUUCUUGAGGGAUGGGGGCCCAUUUCUAACGUUGAAGGUUCCUGACACCUAGUGAUGGAGGCGGGAGAGGCCAUGGGUUAAGUAUCAGGUCUCAAGCACAGGCUUUUGUCCGCCUCUCUCCCUCCAGCCGAAGCGGACUGCGUGUCCUGGGUCUGACCUUGUCCCCCUUCUCUCUGGGACAAGCACUCAGCCUGAGCAGGGUGCGGGCCCCACACUCAUCCCCACAUCCCCCCCCCCCCGCCCCGCGUCUCACCACCAGGCUCAAACUGGGAGAAAGGCAGUACAGGCACAAACACAAGACCCGCCAGCUUUCACAUUGCAGGAAACUGUGGUGGCAUUUUUGGAAUGUAAGGACUUUAGAGGAGAAAACUGGCCUCCUUGGCCAGAAGCUUCUCCAUCGUGUUGGGGUAACUUCCAACGCAUUGUCUCAGCUCCUUCACUAAGUAGGUCAGUUGGGCCUCCUGUGCACGGGCAUGCACACACGUGCAGUGUGUGAGCACACGUUUCAGUCAGAGAAGCUGCGGGGAUGGGGCUUCCAGUGCAUGGGAGACACGGGCAAUUACAAGAGUCACAGGAGGCGGAAAGUUCCUGAAGUUUCUGAGUGAAGGGCGUCGGGGACAGCUCUUGCUUAUUGUGUAGUUUUGCCUUUAAGUACAGUGGUGUAAUUUUAUUCAAGAUUCUGUUUUAUCAGGAACCUGUGGCAAUAAAUGUUCUAGGAUGUUUUUGAUGUA